GAUCACGUCUGUUUCAUGCUGCUGCGUAGUUCUGAGCAGAAAUAAAAUCCCCACAGUGCCUCCGGAGAAGCAGGGAGAGGGCGCAGAGGGCGGAACGGAGGAGCAGGAGAGAAGCCGGUCUUCAGCACAGAGAGGAAGGGAUCAGAUAACAGCCCGGCUCAGAGGAGGGACAGGUAUGUUUUUCCGUUUCCAAGGACUGACUACUUUGCUGAUGUCAACACGGAGGGAGGAGAGGAGGAUUCGAGACGAGGACAGGUGCGCACAGUAAAGUUGCCUCUCUCCGGAAGGUUUGGAUUAAGAGCGGAGGAAUACACUACAGCGGACUUAUCGUUUUUAUUGGAAAUCAGUUUUUAAAGUUUCUUGUGCUUUUCCAAACUGCUUUCCUGGCUCUGUUAUGCGUUUGGCGUGGAUUAUCUGAAGUGGAAUAUCUCCUCCACGCUCCUCUGGUGUGGUGCGUAAAACUCACGACUCCGUCCCGCUCUGUUUUACCAGAGUUUGACGUUUUGAAGGACGCUGCUGCUGCUGUUUCUCAAGUCCUCAUUGCUGUGAACUGGGCUGUGGGAUCGAGACGCCCCAGCAUCAGAAGCAGCACUUUCCGCUUCAAUGCGACACUGACGCAGCUGAUCUCGCAUCCCGGUCGCAGACAGGUGAUGUUUGAGUGAGUCAAUGGAAGGAUCGAUGUUAUAAGGAAGGAGUUUCAGCUUAUUGGAAUACAGCACAAGGAAUCUGUCUCAACUUCUGUAAUCUGCAUUGAUUUCUCCGUGCGCCACUGCGUCUUAGGAUCAGAAGUGUGCCGGGAAAUACAUGGAGUUUUUUCAGGGAAAUAUGCAGAUUGAAUCAAGAAUCACCAUCCAGCUAAAACAUAUCAAGAUAUGAUUUUUGCUCCAUCUCCUAUCAGAAGCUACUCUGAGGGACAACCAUUCCUGGACUUCCUUUUUUGAGAUUCACAAGAUCCACUAACAAUGUCUAAAACCCUGAAAAAGAAGAAACACUGGUCUGCUAAAGUCCAGGAGUGCACCGUGUCAUGGGGAGGCUCCGGGGAGCUGAUCACGGUGGUGGAGGUGCGAGGCGGCGCAGAGCUGGGAGAGUUCCCCCACCUCGGCCACAUUGUCUCAGAGGCGCUGGUCUGUCACGCUGGGAGAUUUCCCUGCACCGGGGACGUGCUGCUGGAGGUGAAUGGCACUCCUGUGAGCGGACUUACCAACCGGGACACGCUGGCUGUGGUCCGGCACUUUCGGGAGCCCAUCCGCCUGAAGACUGUGAAACCAGGUAAGGUGUUGAACAUUGAUCUGCGCCACUACCUCAGCCUGCAGUUUCAGAAGGGUUCCCUGGACCACAAGCUCCAGCAGGUGAUCAGGGACAACCUCUACCUGCGCACCAUUCCCUGUACCACUCGGCAGCCCAGAGAGGGGGAGGUUCCUGGAGUGGACUACAAUUUCAUCAGUGUGGCAGAGUUUCGUGAGCUGGAUGAAAGCGGACUGCUGCUGGAGAGUGGAACAUAUGAUGGAAACUACUACGGGACCCCAAAGCCCCCUGCAGAGCCCAGCCCUGUGCAGCCGGAUUUGGUGGACCAGGUUCUGUUUGAUGAAGAUUUUGACACGGAUGUCCAGAGAAAACGAACAACCUCUGUCAGUAAGAUGGACAGGAAGGACAGCGCUGCACCGGAGGAGGAAGAAGAAGAAGAGAGGCCUCCUAUGGUCAACGGCCUGGCUGAGCACAAAGACAAGGCGGAGUGGAGGAAGACGGUGCCCAGCUACACCCAGUCGGCGGCGGCGAUGGACCUCCGGGCAUGGAACGCGCAGGACGAGAGUCAGGAGCCGCUGCCGAAAAACUGGGAGAUGGCCUACACAGAAACGGGCAUGGUGUACUUUAUAGAUCACAAUAGCAAGACCACCACCUGGCUGGACCCACGCCUCGCGAGGAAGGCCAAACCUCCUGAAAAGUGCGAGGAAGGAGAGCUGCCCUACGGCUGGGAGAAGAUUGAGGACCCCCAGUACGGCACCUACUACGUCGACCACAUCAACCAGAAGACCCAGUUUGAGAAUCCAGUCCAGGAAGCCAAGAGAAAAAUGAGCGUCGACAUGCCGUCUCCAGCUCCACUGCCUGUUGCCACACCCUCAGCUGAGGAGCCCAGCAGAGGAGUGCGGGGCUUCACUCGAGAUCCGUCUCAGUUGCAGGGCACCAUGCUGCAGACGGCUCUUAGAAAAAGCCCUCAGGGUUUUGGGUUCACCAUCAUCGGAGGAGACCGACCAGAUGAGUUCCUUCAGGUCAAAAAUGUCCUUCCAGAUGGUCCGGCCGCGCACGACAACAAGAUCGCCUCAGGAGAUGUGAUCGUGGACAUCAAUGGGUCCUGCGUGCUUGGGAAAACCCACGCUGAUGUGGUUCAGAUGUUCCAGUCCAUCCCCAUCAACCAGUAUGUGGACAUGGUCCUGUGUCGAGGCUACCCACUACCUGAGGACUCCAGCAGCAGUGAGGAGGCCAAGGACACCUCCCCAUCCCCCUCCACCUCCACCCCACAGGAUCCUAACUACUCAACUGUAGACGGAACAAUCCCCAGACAGUCUGCUGUAGCACCGCCUAUGACCAACGGAGGACGCCACCACCACCACCAUCACCAACACCACUACCACAUUCCUCACACACCAAACCAGGACGGUCCUGACCCCACUCUGCUGCAGCCAGAGCUAGUGAGCGUGCCCCUGGUUAAAGGUCCUGGAGGUUUUGGAUUUGCCAUCGCAGAUUGUCCGCUGGGUCAGAAGGUGAAGAUGAUCCUGGAUGCUCAGUGGUGCAGAGGCUUGUUGAAGGGGGAUGUCAUCAAGGAGAUCAACAGACAGAACGUACAGACAUUAAGCCACUCACAGGUGGUGGACAUCCUCAAAGACCUACCUGUGGGCAGUGAAGUUAACGUGCUGGUGCUCAGAGGAGGUCAGACGUCUCCUGUGAAAUCCCUCAAACCAUGCACAGCCCCCAUGUCCCAGCCUGCAUCCCAGCCUGCUCCCCAACAGGCAUCCCACCCCAUGCCCCAUCAGUCGCCCCAUGCAGUCCCUCAGCCCAUCAUGCAGUCACAGCGACAGGAAAUGAUCAGCAGUACAGAGACCCUCGGUCAGCCGGAGGUUCCCCCCAAUCCGGUACUUUACUCUGCCAACACUCUGCGCUCGUCCUCACCCAAACCGGAUGCAACGGAGCUCUACCUCAAGUCCAAGGCUCUGAUGGACAACAAGCCUCCUAAUACCAAGGAGCUGGAUGUGUUUAUUAAAAGGAACCAGGAGUCUGGCUUUGGCUUCAGAGUCCUCGGAGGCGAAGGGCCGGAUCAGCCGGUGUACAUCGGUGCCAUCGUGCCGCUGGGUGCUGCAGAGAAGGACGGGCGCCUGCGGGCAGGGGAUGAGCUGCUCUGUAUAGAUGGCGUGCCCGUGAAGGGCAAAUCACACAAACAGGUGCUGGAGCUGAUGACCAACGCCGCCCGCAACGGCCAGGUCAUGCUCACAGUCCGCAGGAAGCUGUCCCACACAGACGGCGCCGGAGAGGAGGACGGCAUUCAGCAGCCUCAUCAGGUAGCAUCCGCCCAGGUCAACAGCUCACCCAAAGUUCCUCGUGGAGAGAUUCCAAACGCCAUCCAGCCUGCUCAGACGUCCCGGCCGGAGUGCUUCGAUGUUACUCUUCAGCGCAAAGACAAUGAAGGAUUUGGAUUUGUUAUCCUCACAUCGAAGAACAAGCCCCCACCAGGAGUAAUACCACACAAAAUCGGCCGUAUUAUCGAGGGCAGCCCAACAGACCGUCUAGGUCAGAUGAAGGUGGGAGACCGUAUCUCUGCUGUCAACGGCCUGUCCAUCAUGGAACUGUCUCACAAUGAAAUCGUCCAGCUUAUCAAGGACGCCGGCAACACUGUCACCCUCACUGUGGUGCCUGAAGACGACAGCGCUCCGCCAUCUGGAACAAAUUCAGCCCGGCAUAGCCCUUCAGCACAACACCGAGCGAUGGGCCAACAGCCUCCCAGCUACCAGGACAGGAAUGGUGACACUGAAGCAAGAAACUCUCUCCUAUUAAAGGAGGGAACACUCAUAACUUCAGGCCCUAAGCAGGGUUGUUUUGUGGUCGAGCUGGAGCGCAGCCAGCGAGGCUUCGGCUUCAGCCUGAGAGGAGGGAAAGAGUACAACAUGGGUCUGUUUAUCCUGCGACUGGCUGAGGAAGGACCUGCUCUUAAAGAUGGACGGAUACAUGUUGGAGAUCAGAUUGUGGAGAUCAACGGUGAGGCCACGCAGGGCAUCACGCACACCCGAGCCAUCGAGCUAAUCCAAGCAGGAGGCAAUAAAGUUCAUCUGCUGCUGAGACCGGGUCAAGGCUUGGUCCCAGAUCACAGUUCAAAGGACAAAGUAACCAUUCCAACCUCAAGCUUUCCCAGAAUUUCUGUAUCUGAAGGGCAGUCAUCUCCAGCCUCCCCAUCCGCUGUCUCCCUCUCUACCUCCGAGCUGUCCCCAUCCUCACCUAAAACAGCCCCAUCUGAUGAGCUCUCUGGUGGGGAUUCCAGGGCGUCUGGGUCCCCCGAGUCUGGGCAGGAGCAUGGCAGGCAGGCUAACAGAUCAAGAGGACAGCAGCUCGCUCACCGUGACCAUAAACGCACCACUAGCCCCGGCAACCAGGCCAGAAAAACAGGCAGGAGCGACUCCAAGUCUGCUAGUCCCAUGAGAGCCACAGACAUCCGUGCAGAUCAUGCAGAGCGCUCCCCAAGCCCAAGAAAAACAGAGCGAGGCCACGGCGGAUCCCUGGAGGAUAUGAGCCGAGAGAGAAAAGCCCAAGGGCAGAGAGACCACCGCUCUUCUAGCCCGAGAAAGACCUCUAAGAGGGAAAAUGAUCCUGCUAGUCCCAGACGUCCAGCUGGCCAACAACCCAGCAGCGCUUCUGGAGAGGGGAAGGACUGGAGGUACAAAGAGGAGGAGGAGCGCCACAAGAAGAGCAAAAGGGCUGAGCAAGAGGCGGCAGCACUAAAAUCCAGGGAAAGAGCGGGGUCGGAUGCUGAGAGCGGCACCUUAAGCCGAAGGAGUGGGAGAGAGAAUCAAGAAAACAAGCAACUUGGGCCUACCGAGGAAGCAAACAGAAAGGAUCCAAGAGGUUCCAGCAGUAGCAUCCAGGAUCCAAAUGUGAACGGGACCACUACCAGCAAGAAAGCUCAGAUCACUCCUGGUCCGUGGAAAGUGCCCAGUUCGGCCAAGAUCCAGUCCCAAGUGGAAGCAUCGUAUGCAGAUGUUUGAUCAGGACUCUGCGUGUAUUAAAAGUAAGCUGAGCCUCUUACAGAUAUGAACUCUCAAAACUGAAGGAUUUUUUAGCACUCUCGGACAAAGCAGACCACUGUGUAACCAGCAACAUAGCUUCUCAUUGCUUUUUUUCACCCAGUUUGCCUCGGUCAGUGUGCAUCAAGGUUCUGAUGUCUGAUCGGACAUGCGUGCUUGUACCUUGUGUGGAUCGUUGGUUCUGAGUGUGAUAUUUUGGAUGUGACAUUGAAGUCUUUUUUGUGCCAAUCAGGGACUCCGGUUAUAAAGAAGCUGCUCUGUUUUGCACUCACUGUGAGACUAUUUGAGGGUAAGAAGACGAACUGCUCUCCCCAUCUACCCGUCUCGAUGAAGGAUAUGUCUCUUUGACGCUUUGAAGGUUUAAGACUUUAUCAUGCAAUCACUCAGCGUUUCUUCCAGACAAGAUUGAUCCACCGUUCCUAUCACUGAUGGAUGUACUGAAAAGCGAGGCUGGUGACGUUUCCCUUGAAGUCGGCUGCAAAAGGACGUCUACGAAGUAUCUGUUCGAGGGAUCAGCUUGGGUUAAGAACUGUACAUGUGAUUUUAUUCAUACAUGAGUAGACUUUCUGUCGGAGUCUUCAGACUUCCCUGCAGCUUUAUAUGCAUCAAUCAGCAGACCAGAUACUUGUGGUUAUAGUUCUAAUGUUUGUUACUUGUGUGUUAAUAAUGAAGCAUAAUGUAAUUUAUUGAAAUUAUAUGUAAACAAAUCUGAUAGUACACACAUCCAUUCAGAGUCAUUUCACUUUUGAUGUGGAUUUGAUGCUAGAAAUAGAAUGUGUAGACCAAUAAGCAUCACCAAUUAAAAUAAAAAGACUAAAAAUUAUCUAUACAUUCUAUUUCUGCCAUUUCAGUGUCUGUAACAGUCAUGCAAGCCUGAUUCAUAGCGCUGUCUACGUUAGCAGCUCUGUAUUUGAGUCCUUCUGCUAUGUGUGUGUACAAGAAGACUGUGUAUAUUAAAUAUCGCUGUAGCAUCGACUAUACUUAAUCCAAAAUAUAAUUUAACAAAGUUAAUACAAAUAUAUUUGCAAAGAUUUAGAUGAGUUGAAUUAACAGAGCCUGAUUGUAAAGAGAAGUGAGCCCUCUGCCUUUGACUUUAAGAGAUAUUUUUAUCAAUAUAAAUGUAGGCACAAAAAGCAUAUCGCUUUUCUUCACUCUAACCUCAAAAUCUAUUUUUGAUCAUUUUUUUAUUUAGUAUGUAACCCUCAAUGUGAAUAAUAGUGUGUAAUUUCUUUCUUUUUUUUUUUUGCUUAAUCGUUGCUAAUCAUUAUAAGCAUCAUGGCUGGCAUUUUUGUGUUAGAAAUAGAGCCAGGCUCCCUAUGAAGGAAGAUAAAUGUCCACAAAAAGGGUCAGAAAAUGCUGUCCUGCGGUGGUUGCUCAUUGUGUAUAAUGUGAAAGUUGCUUCUUUUUGGGAUAAAAAUGCUAGAUUUGUCCUUUAAUUUAUUGGGAUCGCUUGCGCCCUGCCCUAGGACUAAGGCGCGUUUCAUGUUGCUACUGUGGAGUUACAGAGACAUCUAGUGGUUCAUAAACUGCUCUCACAAAUCAUCACUGCUUGAACUGAACCCUCAUCUGCCUGUUUGAGACGUACUAAAGUAACACAUGCAUCUACCGGUCUGUGAGACCAAACACUAAUUUAUUGUCCACUUUAUUGUUGAUAUUACGGGCUACUGUAUUAAUAUUCAUGCCAUUACCAUGUAUGAUACUGUGGCCUUGCAUUGCUCCAACAUACAAAAAAAAAGUUUUAGUUUUGACAUCAUGGUAGAUGUAAAUGUUUAUAAAUUGUACAGCACCUGUAUAAAUAUUUGCCUUCAUGCAGAAAAAAAUCCUCUGUAAAUCGUUUCAUUAUUUUUUUAAGGGAAGUUGGAAGAGAUGAUAUAAAUGGGUGAUAGAAAUAAUCUGGUCAUGGCAUUCUGUUCAUGCACUGAUAAAUAAAGGUUUACUGAAUAAAUGUGA